AACGCUGUGUUAUUUCAGUUUAAUCUUAACUUUCGUGUGAUAAACGUUUUCAAUAAUAAUAACAGCAAUAUGCCGAAAGACGUUAAAAUUAAAUACACGCAGUUAUUUAUCAACAACGAAUUCGUGGAUUCAAUUAACGGAAAAAAAUUCGCUUCAAUUAAUCCAGCAACUGAAGAAAAAAUCAUUGAUGUUUCAGAAGCAGAUAAAGCCGAUGUUGAUUUAGCAGUUAAAGCAGCAAGAAAUGCUUUUAAAAGAAACUCAGAAUGGCGACAAAUGGACGCCUCAAAACGAGGAGUUUUACUUCAAAAGCUUGCUUCUCUUUUGGAAAGAGAUUCCGAGUAUUUAGCUGAUUUGGAAUCGUUAGAUAAUGGAAAACCGGUUGCCGAUUCCGCCUUUGAUAUUCUCUGUGCUGUUGACACUUUUAAAUAUUAUGCUGGAAUGGCCGAUAAAAUCAGUGGAAAACAUGUUCCAUCUGAUUACGGCUUUUUUACAAUAACCAGAUUAGAACCUGUCGGAGUUGUUGGUCAAAUAAUUCCAUGGAAUUACCCAAUUUUAAUGUUAGCGUGGAAAUGGGGCCCAGCAUUAGCUGCUGGUUGUACAAUUGUUUUAAAACCAUCCGAAUUAACACCAUUAACCGCCUUAUACGUUGCUCAAUUAUCGAAAGAGGCUGGUUUUCCACCAGGAGUGAUAAAUGUCGUUCCUGGUUAUGGUCCAACAGCCGGGACAGCUAUCGCUUUACACCCUGAUAUUAAUAAAGUUGCUUUCACUGGAUCAGUUGAGGUUGGAAGAUUAAUUAUGGAAAAUGCUUCAAAAUCCAAUUUGAAAAGAAUUUCUUUAGAAUUAGGUGGAAAAAGUCCGUUAAUUAUUUGUAAUGAUGCCGAUGUUGAUGAAGCUGUUGAAAUAGCACAUAACGCAAUAUUUGCAAAUCACGGUCAAAAUUGUUGCGCGGGAUCUAGAACUUUUGUCCAAUCAAAAAUUUAUAAUGAAUUCAUCCAAAAAGCCGCUGCUAAAGCUAAAGAAAGAAAGUUGGGUGAUCCUUUCGUGGAGGGAACUCAACAAGGUCCGCAAGUUAACGACAAAAUGUUCAAUAAAGUUCUUCGUUUGAUUAAUUCUGGAAAAAGCGAAGGCGCUAAAUGUUUAACGGGGGGUGAACGUUGGGGAUCCAAGGGAUAUUUUGUACAACCAACCGUCUUUGCGGAUGUCCAAGAUUCUAUGACAAUCGCAAAAGAAGAAAUUUUUGGUCCCGUGCAAAGUAUAUUUAAGUUUGAAACUCUCGAAGAAGUUAUUGAGCGAGCUAAUAAUACCCAAUACGGUUUAGCUUCCGGCAUUGUUACAAAAGAUAUUAACACAGCGUUUACUUUCGCUAAAGCUAUUGAAGCGGGAUCUGUUUGGAUAAAUUGUUAUGAUGCUGUUAUUCCACAAGCUCCAUUUGGAGGAUUUAAACAGUCUGGAAUAGGAAGAGAAUUGGGAGAAGACUCAAUAAAAGAAUACACUGAGAUGAAAACAAUCACUAUGAAGAUUUCCGAUGUUAAAUAAUCAUUUAAAACUUAUUUUGUGUAUUCACAUAUCAUAAAUCACAAAUAAAACACUUUAUAUUUGCACGAAA